CAUAACCCCUUUACUGUAAGGGUAGCUAAGUGACAUUGUAGGCACGAAUGAAUUGAAACAAACUUUGUUUGUCGUCGUAUGCAUAAUGGCAAAUGAUAGAGAGGUGCUCAGAGAAAUUUGGGAUGGCAAAAUUCCCGUUUGUUUUACGCUUGAUUCCGAGGAAAUAUGCGAAUUGCAAGGGCCCGAUCCGUUUUAUUUAAUGGUACCUAGGUUAAGUUAUUUUCCACUCUGCACAGACAAGGUACGAAAGCAUUUUAUACGACACGUGCAAAGCGACACUAAACAGGAACACGAAAUGUGGCUAGAAUUCAAUGGAAUACCCCUAAAAUGGCAUUAUCCGAUCGGUGUGCUCAUGGACAUUUAUUCUAACGACAUUCAGUUACCAUGGAACAUUGUUGUUCACUUUGAAAGGUUCCCAGAGAAUGUAUUGAUGCAUUGUCAAAACAAAGAGGCAGCAGAGUCCUAUUUCCUAUCCUGUAUAAAAGAAGCAGAUGUAUUGAAGCACAGAAGUCAAGUUGUGUCCAGUAUGCAAAAGAAAGAUCACAAUCAGCUGUGGUCUGGCCUGCUCAAUGACAAAUUCGAUCAAUUUUGGUCCGUGAAUCGAAAACUUAUGGAGGCCAGCAACAGCGAAGAAGGUUUCAAAUAUAUACCAUUUAGAUGCUACACAAGCGAGGACAAAUACAUUCAGAAGCUCGUGAAACCUAUCAACGAAGAGGGUCAGAGGAAAACACUAAGGCAUUUGUUGAAUGAAGUAUUUCCAAACCAGGAGAAGAUCACGGUGCUCACCCAUGGCAUAGUGCCACCUAUGGAAACGCCUCUUCAAUGGAUGUCCGAACAUUUGAGCUACCCUGACAAUUUCCUGCAUUUAGUUCUGGUGUCAUAACGCAUAUCGAAACG